AUGGAUUCUGAAGUCUGCGAUGACGAAACCAACAACUGGAGGGCAUGUGUUGAAGACAAUCUUAGUGCUCCCGAUUUGGAUAGAAAGUGUAGCAAAUAUAUCGAUUCAUUUAACAGGUGUAUUGCCUCGUGGCGCACAAAGGUUGGCUAUGACGUGAAGGUAAGGGGCGAAAAUGAAGGUGAGCCUCCACCGCAGUGUGCUGCGAUGUCUUGUCUCAUCGGUGCUUGUCUUCGGAAGAAUGGGUACAGCUUUGAGCGAUGUAAGCUUCCCAUGCAUUACUUUAAACAUUGCGUGAAGAGCUUCUAUGGCUCCGAAUACGUCACGUAG